AAGUGUACAUUAAAUCGUAAAUCGUAAAUCGUAAAAAUUAUAAUAGUUUUAAAUACUUCAAUAAAAUGAAUCCAGAAAUUAUCGUUUUAAAUGAUUCAAAUGAAUCUGAUAUAUCUGUUGAAUCGAAUGAUAAAUUAAAAAAUACUAAAAAGAAAAAUAAAAAGAAAUGUUCAUUCGAUGACUAUGAUUCAAGUGAUUUUGAAUUUCCUGAAGUACAAUUCUAUCAUCCCAUUACUGAAAAUAAUGAAGAUGAAUUACAAAAUAUUUAUAAUAAACAUUCAUUUAUUUCUAAUAUUCAUGCACCAUCAUAUCAAACCAAUGAUAAAUAUACUGUUAAUAAAAAUUUAAAACAAUAUAAUAUGAUUGGAAAGUCUUUAUAUAGUGACAACAAUUCAUUUAAUUCUGCUAAAAAUUCAGAUGAAAAAAACAGAAACAUUGCAAAACAAAAAAAAGAUAUUGUAAAAAAAGAAGAAAAAAUUCAACAAAUGAUGAAAGAAAAAGCAUUAAAAGCAAUUGCAAUUAAAAAAUCAAAAAAUAUAAAACCUGGUGAAUGUUUGAAAUUUAUGGAAGUUAUUAUUGAUAAAGGUAUUGAAAAUUUUUCUUAUAUUACAGAUAUAAUAAGUACAUUAUUAAAUACUAAUUUGCAAUAUAGCAUUAAAUCACAAUUCAUUUCAAAUAGUAUUACAUGGAAAAGGAAUAUUGAAAAUCAUUAUGUUAAUGAAAAUAAUGAAAUAUGUACUAUAACAAAUAUUGAAAAUAUUGAUCAAAUAUUAAUAAUUUGGAAUUGGGAUGAAACAGUAAUAAAAGUUGCAAAUGAUAACUUUUGUACAUCUAUUUCUGAUAUCAAAUCUUUAUUACCAGAUUACAAAAUAAUAUUAGUAAUUUUUGGAAUAGAAAAUUAUUUUGCAUAUAAAAUGCAAGAAAAAAAUUCAGAUAAAAAUGAAACAAAAAACAAAAUGCAAAAAACUAAUAUUAAAAAUAAUCUUGAAUAUAAAAACUUUGUAGAAAUAUCAAGAAGACAACUUGAAAUAUGUCUCAAUGAAAUACAAAUUAUUGCAGAUUGUAGCAGUAGAUUAAUUAAUAAUUCUCAAGAUUUAGCAUUAAUGAUAUAUCAAUGUACAAAAGCUAUAGCAGAAAUACCAUAUAAAUUAGAAAAAAAUAAAAGUUUAACAAACAAAUUUAAUUGGUACAUAUUAGGAGACAAUAGAAAUACUGUAAAAGUAGAUAAAGAUGGAAAUGGAUUAAAAAGAUUAUGGCAACAACAACUUUGUCAAUUUAAUUUGAGUAGUCUUGAAAUUGCAGAAGCAAUUUGUUCUGUGUAUCCAUGUCCUGCAGAUUUAAUAGAAACUUAUAUAAACUGUACAGAUGAUGAAGGAAUAAAUUUAUUGAAAGAUAUCCCGAUUAGAAGAGCAGCUGGACCUCUUACUGCUAUACGUAAAGUUGGUCCAGAAUUAAGUAAAAAAAUUUAUUUAAUGUUCACAUCUAAAAAUGGUGAAAGUGUAUUAAAUUGAAUAUAUUUUUUAAUAAAAUUUAAUAAAGUACAAAUAGAAAUGUCAUAAUUA